AUGCCUUUCGUUGUGGCUCAAGAACCCCUGCCGAUUGCUACUGGCUGCGAUGCCAUCGAUAUGAAAAUCCUCUGGCAUUUCUUAGGCCAUACCUGUACCUCUUUCUCUAUUAAAGGCGGCGAUUCCAGACCCGUGGAAGAUCUCAUGCGGAAUACUGUCAUGGACCACGCCUUCAAUGUCAGAUUUCUUUACAAUUCAGUCAUGGCUUUAUCGUGUCUCCAUGCCAUUGAAACGAGGGGCGAUGACAUGGGUGAUCCCCUUCGUCUUGUCCACUACCAGGACGGUUUAUUCGAGGCCUACUCAGCAGCUGUUUCCACUGCUCAUCCAGAAACGUACGGCGCAUUGCUAGCCAACUCUCUUCUCCUCACAGCCCUAUCUUCUCAAAAUUUUCGAAUCCCUCAGACUGCUGAUCUCUACAUUAUUCAGUGGAUGGCCAUCUGGCGGGGUAUCGGGACAAUUUUUAAGAGAAUAGAUAGAAGAUCCUUGAGGGGCACCGGGUUAGAACAACUAUUUUAUCGCCCGUCUAUGGAUCUUGAUGCUGCUUUCGAAUACAUACCGUGGAAUCUCAAAACCUUGAUCUCCUCAAUACCCGCCAAUGAUCCAGAUCUUAUCUACAUUGGAACGUAUGUCCGAGGACUGAGGUAUCUAGCAACGCUGUACCAAAACAUGCACCAGCGCGGAUUUGGGGCUGUAAUGAAAUUACGUGUCAUCACUUGGUUUACGUACUUACCUCAAGAUUUCGUCCAACUGAUCUUCAGCAGGAACUGUCGAGCGCUUGUCAUUCUAGCUCAUUACGCUGUUUUCCUCAAGCUAACUACUGGAGUUUGGUGGUUAAUAGGCGUGGGUGCUAGGUCUCUCCAAGAUAUCUGCACAUUCCUCGGCCCUGCGUGGUACGACGAACUGGAGGCCCCAAUGAAAGCAAUUCAAACCGAGAAUCCGGUAGAGCUGGCAAGGCUGCUUCUGGGCGAUACUACGUGGGAACCUCGAACGUCCUCGGCUGAUACAUGGAGUCUGCAGGAAGAGGAAGAGGCGAAGCAGCUCACCUUAGUAGAUGAUCAAGGACGGCCUGUUCGCUAUGAAUCUGAAGCAGGGACCAUGGUUCUGGCGAAUCCGAGCCAACCUGACGACGAACCUGUGUGGAACGCUAGUCUAUAA